CUGUGAAUUAACUGGAAACAUAAUUGUUUGCCAACCGCCAUAAAACAAGAGGAAGAAGAACUGGAAACAUUGGGCUCGAAAAAUGGAGAGGCCUGAAGAAACUGAACAAAGUCAUUUGGCGAUAAAAAUAACCGUAAAACGUGGGCAUAACCUGCACGGAAAGAAUGCAGACAGUCUUCAGACGUUUCUACAAGUUGCAAUGGAUGGAGUGAUGCUGGGAGAGUCAGAUAAGAAAAAUGUGAACCCUGAGGAACGCGUUGUUGAAUACAACUUUACGUGCUCCUAUAAUCCACCCAAUGACGCCCAGGCUUUCAGUAAUAUAGCCCAAAAACCAAUCAUAUUUACAGUGAUGGUCAGUGAGGUCAGUGAGGUCCUUCAUGUGGGAAAAAAAGCUAAGGUGAAAUCAGUUGUCCUGGGCCAAGCUGUGGUCGACCUGUUCCCCCUCCUGCAAGGUCAGCGCGACAUUUCAUGCACAAUCCCAGUAAACCCAGUGAUCAGUCCUGGGAUCACAGAAUCUCAGCUGUGGUCCAACCAAAAGCCAUCCCUGGAUGUUUGUGUCAGCGUGUUGGAGCCUCUGCUGUCUGAAGCUGAACUCUCAGCCUGCACCUUCAUGAAGGUAACAGUAGAAUCAGCGUAUUCUGUGCCGGAGUCAUGGACGCUGCCGUCGGACUUAGCUCCCAGCCCCUUUACAUACACCGCUGCCCUGGAGGUUCCUCUAACUGCAGAUGUGACAAAUAUAAAAAGUAAAGGUGGUUUGCCCUCAUGUUGUUUGAUUACUUUUUUUAGAUUACAACAGAAAAUCUUAGAGAGCCGACUGUGGCCUGUGGAGAUAAUGAGGUCUUCAGUUCCACUAGAAAAGCUAGGAGAGGACGACCCCCAGAUCCCCUUCCAUGGUUUGGCGUUUGUCGACAUGGGCCGGUUGUUAUAUCCUGGAGACUCUCUCAUCCAUGGAGCAUUCUCUGUUCAGCCUUUCUUUGAGACUGAGCUUCUAAACAAAACCAAGCGGAAAGUCAGUGUAUUAAAGAAGCAGGCGAGGGCUGCAGCCAUACAGGCUAAAGAUCGGGCAUGCUCUGCUGCAAGUGCUUCCGGAAGAAUAACAAAGCACUGGAGAGGAGUGAGUAGGGCAGGCAAAGAUAGCAAAGAGUCAGCUAAAAAGCAAGCUGUCUAUCCCGACAGGGUGCCUGAAGAAGAUGGCACUCCUGAAAGCUUUUCUGACAGUGCGUGGCCAGUAAAUGUAGAAGAAAAUAUGUACUUGAAGGCCAAAACUUACAUUAUCAUCAAGAUAUCAUUGAAUAAACCGCUGGUGCCAAAACCCUCCGCUGAAGAACUGGCUAGAAGGGUGAAGGCGCUGAUCCCUCCCAGACCUGACCACCCAGCUGGUCCUAGCAGAGCAGACAGAGCCGUGCAAUAUUUUCACAGGCAGGUUGGCGACACAGUGGCUGCCAUCUCUGAGCAGUAUGCCGAAUUACUUGGAUCAAAUACCGGUAACAAUUCUGUGGAAAGCCUUAGCCAUGAGCAAAUGUUGGCUGAGGUGAUGGGAGGCCUUAAUGUGUCUGGAAGAUAUUUCACCUUCAAAGAACAAAUGAAGAGGGCUGUAGUGAGAAUUGUACGUGACAAGAUGCAGCGGACGGAGGCUUUCACCAAUCCUCAAGAGUUGAAAGAAUUUGUCAGCAAGCUCUACGUCCACUUGGUUGAUGAAACGCAUGUGGCUCUGAACAAGAUUUCCUCCAAUAUUGUUGAAGAAGAGUCCAUACAUGAAAUAAAGUUUGAACCAUGUCAGCUAAGACAGUUUGCUAAAGAGGCCCAAUUAACUGGGAAUUAUCAGCAAGCGGCCCAGUACUACCAAGAGUUAGUGGUGAUGCACCCUGAUGAAGCUUUAUGCAAGUAUGAGUGGGGAAACCUGUGCAUGUUAAUGGGGGACUACAUGAAAGCCAAAGAGUGUUACCGUGCCGCUGUGUCCACCCAGCAAACACACCAACCCAGCCUGAUGAUGUGUGGGGUUGUAGCUGUGAUGUUGGAGCGUUACAAAGAAGCCCAGACCUUCCUGGAGCGGGCGACCAGUGUAGACCCGCCUAGUGUCGUGGCCUGGACGCUGCUGGGUUUGCUGCAUUUAAGUCUGAAGGAGUUCAUCCUGUCGGAGAAAGCAUUCCUGGAGGCCAAGAGUCUACUUUUUGAAAAUGAGGCCAAUAAUAAAGGAAAUGUAGACAACAGAAUGAAAAAAAGCGCGGACAACAUAGAAGAAGUGAGGGCUAAGCAGAAGGAAAAGGAGCCAGAAAUUCCUGCACAGUCUCCCACAGCUGAACAAGACCCAAAGUUCUUAGAGCAGGACACAACGGAGCACAUAGAGCCAUCUGAACACAGCAAAAGCUCCAAGGAGCCUCCAGCUGAUCUCACACUCACCAUUUUCACACACACAGUGCAGUUCUUGCUGCAGAACAACGCCCUGCAGAUGGCAGAAUAUGCUUUAUCCCAGGAGCUGCUGUGUCCUGAAGGAGGUUGCAGUUUUGCCUAUCUUUUUAACCUGGCCAAGUUACAGCUGCUCAAAGGUGAUUACACUGGUGCUGCUGGGAGCCUGGAAGAAGCACUGGCUCACACAAAUCAGAACCCGGAUGCCUGGGCCUUGAAAGGUCACUGCCACUACCUGCAAGGCGAUGUUCCUGAAGCACAGGAGAGUUAUGAGAGGAGCCUGAUCUUUCAGCAACCACCUUCAGACUCACACAUUGUUCUCCUUCGCCUGGGAUCCAUCUAUUUCAUGCAGAACAAUGUUAGUAAUUGCUGCAUUGUGUAUUUGUUUGUGCAGUUGGAGGAGCUGUGUGAGGCUGAAGAUGCUUUAGCCGCAGCCAGUCGUUUGAACACAGUGAAUGCAGAGAUGUGGGCAUACCUUUCUUUAAUCAACCUGAAGUUUGGAAGACAAGAAAUGGCGGACCAGUGUUAUAGACACGCUAUGAGGUUUGAUCUGCAGGAUUCUUCCCUCAUCAAGGAGAUCAGCGAGAUGAAGGAUCAGAUUCGAAAGAGUCACCUGGCAUCUACUUCAAAGACAGUGCUGAAGUAAAGAUUUAAACCAUUAAAGCAAAGACAUUUUAAAGCUAUGAUGCUAAAUGUCUACACAUAUUUAGCAAGGAAAUAUAUAUAUAUGUAUAAAAAUUGAUAAUCCAAACUGAGACACUGAGAAAAACAACUUAAUGUAUUUUUAUUGUCUAAAUAGGCCAAAGAUUUAACUGUGUGCAUUAAUCCAGUCAGUGUUUGUGUUUUCACAAUGAAAAUGUCAAUAAGAUGAUUCUUUUAUUCAUCUUAAAUUUGUUUUUUUGACUGCAACAGUAUUUUGUUCUAACUAUCGCGGCUUUAAUGUUAUUGUCAUGUUUUAUUUAGUACAGUGUAUGGUUUCUUUAUUAGCAUAUAUUAACACAGAU